CAACCGCUCGGAAUCGACUGGUGGCAAGGCGCCACGCAAACAACUGGCUACUAAGGCCGCUCGCAAGAGCGCACCAGCCACCGGAGGCGUGAGAAGAAGCCCCAUCGGUAUCGCCCUGGAACUGUUGCCCUGCGUGAGAUCCGUCGAUACCAGAAAGAGUACCGAGCUCCUGAUCCGCAAGCUGCCUUUCCAGCGUCUGAGCUCGGCAGUGGAGGCUCUGCAGGAAGCUAGCGAGGCCUAUCUGGUUGGCCUCUUUGAAGAUACCAACUUGUGCGCCAUUCAUGCCAAGCGUGUCACCAUCAUGCCCAAAGACAUCCAGUUGGCCCGUCGCAUUCGCGGCGAGCGUGCUUAA